GCCCAUAGCCCCGCCCCAUCUUCAUCCCUGCCCCGCCCAAGGACCUGGGGUCAGACCUUGGCCCGUGUGCUGCACCCAGCAGAAGCGGAGGCAGGGGUGGGCAGUCCCCCCCUACCCCUCCCCCCGGGUGUGGGGGCUGGACCCCCCCGGGACCCACACCCUGGCCCUGGCCCUGCCCCUGCCCCGGGGUUCAUCCGGGUUAACCCCCGCCCCCACCCUUGCAGGCCCGGCCAUGGGCACCCCUCUGGGCGUCGGCGCCCUGCCAGGGCCCAGCCCGGCCGGCGGGGACGGCCCGGGGGCCGCGGGGCAGGGCUGGGUAUCCCCGGGGGGCAGCGGGUCGCCCCCGCCCACCCUGGACGAGCUGCUGACACCACUGAGCCAGAAGCUGCAGUACCUGCUGCGCAAGGUGGAGGAUUUCCAGAGCCACCUGCUCUACAGCAGGGACAGGAUGCGGCAGGAGCAGUUCGCCCGGGCGGUGCCCACGCUGUUGCGGCUUUGCCAGCCCUACUUCCACUGCCUAGAGGCCGCGGCCCGCAGCCCCGCCUGCCCGCUGGGGCCAGCCCCCGACGCCGUGCGCACGCGGCUGCUGGAGAUGUCGGAGCAGCUGGCGGCGCGGCUGGAGCAGUUGGUGCUGAUGUACGCGUCCUUCCGCUUCGUGUCGCUGGAGGACACCGACCCCGCCAGCGUGUCCUGCUUCUUCUGCGGGCGGUUCUGGCUGGGCCCGGGCCAGGCCGUCUCCAUCUUCCGCUACUGCCUCCCGGCGCCCUACACGGCCCGGCCCGGCCGCCUCUACAAACGCAUGCGCUGGAACGUAGACAGCGCCGACCCCCCUCCUGGAUCGGGGUCAGCCGGCCGCCGCCGCCCGCCCUGCACCGACUACUACUUCCUGUGCUGUCAGGACGCGGGGUCGGGCCCGCAGCUCUGGGCCAUCGGGCGCUGGGUGCCCCUGGAGCCUGACGCCGAGCGCAGUAACGACGUCCUGCACUGGGUGCUGUGCACGCAGCCUGUCGGCGACUUCAAACCGCUGCUGAGCCUGGGCGUGGAGGAGCCGUCGCACACGACGGCCACCAACCUCCUGGUGCAGCUGCUCAGCGCCUGCCCGGGGCCGGGGCCGCAGUCCCCCUGACACCCCCCCAGCAAUCCUGCGAUGCCUUGGAAUAAAGAGCCUGUGCUUGGUACCACGAGGCUUCAGCCUGGGGGUGGGGUCUACCCGAGGGGCGUGGUCUGUCCCCAACAGGCGGGGUUUGCUUUAGGGGCGAGGCUUGGUCCUGGGUACUAAACGAAGGUAUGGACAGACGGGUCCGCGGGGUGUGGCCUGAUGCAGACGGCGGGGCACAAGAGAGGGGUGGGACUGGGGGCUUGGGUCUCGGGGCUCACAGAUCGGGGCCGGGCUGCAAGGAGCUGGGGGGCGGGCCUCAAGCCAGGCCCAGGCUCUCCAGGAGCCGGUGGUGGGCGGGAGCCCGGUCUGUUGUCCUCCCCGCACACCGCGCGCUGCAGGGACCGGGGCUCGAACAGGAUUGAAGAGGGGUGAAGACGGCGGUGCGGCCCUAACACCUGAUGGCCAGAGGAGGCAUUGCACCCCCAGCCCCGCUCCCGCACGAUCCAGCGCGGGGGUGGGGGGGUGUCCAUCCCAGAUUCCUGGAUUCUGUGUGCGGGUCUGUCCGCGUGUGUAUCACGUGCAUGUCUAUGAGUGUGUGUGUGUGUGUGGGUUAUUUGUGUGUUUGUGCACGUGUGUGCAUGAAUGCGUGUGGGUGUGUAUGUAUUGGAUGCCUGGGUUCUUUAUGUGUGUUGGAUGCCUGGCCUGUGUGUGAAGGUACAUCUGUGUAUGUAAGUGCAUGCAUGUGUGUGUGUAGGUACCUUUCCAUCCCAGGAACUGCUGCUGGCUUGGCUAGGCACUGUGGAGACACCACCCCUCCAGCACCUCAGCAGGCUUUAGACCAGAGGUGGGCAAAAUCCAAGCUGUGAGCUGAAUCCAGCCCCACAAUUCCAUCUGGCCCUCCUGCCCCUCUGCAAGCAGCACAUCCCUGCAGGAGGUGAACUCUGGGGCUUAAGCAACCACCUCCUGCUCCAGCCCUGAGCUAGGGGCACUGGGGACAAGAACUCCCUGCCUGGCCAAGCAUGUGUGCUGGGGCCCCCCAGGCAGCAUGAGUAGGAAUGCAGGUGAAGGGCCCACCAGGCCAGGGCAGGGACUGCCACUGCGGGAAACAGACAGGAGCUGUGUGCUGUGGGGCCGGGCCAGCCUGGCCCCACACACUGCAGUAGCACUGAAGUGAGCUAUGGGGCUAGGUGGGGCUGGUCCUGGAUGCUGCCACCGUGUGCAGGCAGGGACUUGGGCUGGAGCUGUGUUGUGGGGCUGCCCCCCCCACACACACUGCUACAACCUGCAGCCAGGGGCAGGAGUGCAGGAAGCUGUGCACUGUGGGGCCAGGCAUGCUGGGCCCACUUGCUGCCACCCCAUGCAGACCCAGGGACUCCAAGGACCCCUCCCUCCUCCACACACAUUCCCACACCCCCACCAUGUCUCCAAACACACCCUCCCACACACUCCUACCCCACACCAUAACCCCCCCACAUCCAUGCUCUUCCACAGCCCCUACCCCAACUGCAGACCCCACACCCACCCUGCCACCCUCCCUUAUAUGCCCCACUUACCAUAUCCACACUGCACACACAUCCCACACCCACCCACAUACACCCUCCUACCCUCCCACACACAAUAGAAAAAAGAUCAUAUUUUGAGUUAUUCUACCAUCACCUCUAGAUACAGUGUGCAAACACACACAAAUUGGGACCUUUUUUUUAUAUACAAUUAAAAUAAGUUAUAGUAGA